UCUUUGCCUAAAUGUCUGAGUGAGCAGGCCUAACCAGCUUUCUACUUUAAUCCAACACCAUCGACCCACUUAGGCACGGUGUAAAUUCACCAAAAUGACGGAACAGAUGACCGUGAGGGGUACCCUGAAGGGCCACAGUAGCUGGGUGACCCAGAUCGCCACUACCCCUCAGUUUCCCGACAUGAUUCUGUCAGCGUCCAGAGAUAAAACCAUUAUCAUGUGGAAGCUGACGCGUGAUGAGACCAACUAUGGCAUUCCCCAGCGUGCCCUACGUGGUCACUCGCACUUUGUCAGCGACGUGGUUAUUUCAUCAGACGGCCAGUUUGCCCUCUCUGGUUCCUGGGAUGGGACCCUGCGACUCUGGGAUCUUACCACGGGAACUACAACACGCCGAUUUGUCGGGCACACUAAGGAUGUGCUGAGUGUGGCCUUCUCUGCUGAUAACCGCCAAAUCGUGUCUGGUUCUCGGGACAAGACCAUCAAACUGUGGAACACUCUGGGUGUUUGCAAGUACACCAUUCAGGAUGAGGGCCAUACUGAGUGGGUUUCCUGCGUCCGCUUCUCCCCCAACAGUAGUAAUCCUAUUAUUGUCUCCUGUGGCUGGGAUAAGAUGGUCAAGGUGUGGAACCUGGCCAAUUGCAAGCUGAAGACCAACCACAUUGGGCACACUGGAUACCUGAACACAGUGACUGUCUCCCCUGAUGGUUCCCUGUGUGCCUCUGGAGGAAAAGAUGGGCAGGCUAUGCUGUGGGACCUGAAUGAGGGGAAACACCUCUACACUCUGGAUGGUGGAGAUGUCAUCAACGCUCUGUGCUUCAGCCCCAACCGAUACUGGCUCUGUGCUGCCACUGGUCCCAGCAUCAAGAUCUGGGAUCUGGAGGGCAAGAUCAUUGUGGAUGAGCUGAGGCCUGAGGUGAUCAGCACCAACAGCAAGGCUGAGCCUGCUCAAUGCACUUCUCUGGCAUGGUCAGCUGAUGGGCAGACUCUUUUUGCUGGCUACACUGACAACCUCAUCAGAGUGUGGCAGGUUACCAUCGGAACCCGCUAAAGAUUGGUUUUUU